AUGACCCUCUCCACACCACUUGUUACUGCUGCUUUGGCACUAUCUGCUUUUCAAAUUUCAGCUCAGCAAGCAGGAACCAGCACUAAAGAAGUGCAUCCUUCUCUCGCGUCGAAGCAAUGCUCAACGACAGAAGGCUGUGUAACUGAAACCACGUCAGUCGUCCUGGAUGCCAAUUGGCGCUGGCUGCAUCAAGUUGGUGACUAUAAAAACUGCUACUCUGGCAAUCAAUGGGAUUCCACGCUAUGCUCCACUCCAGAAACAUGUGCCCAAAAUUGCGCUCUUGAAGGUGCCGAUUACCAAGGUACCUACGGUAUCACCACAUCGAAUGAUGAGUUGCAGCUCAAGCUGGUCACACAGACCCAGUACGGCACAAAUGUGGGCUCCCGUGUUUAUCUUUUGGAUGCUGAAGGCUCCAAGUAUAAGCAGUUCAAGCUACUGAAUCAAGAGUUUACACUUGAUGUCGAUGUCUCCAAGCUGCCUUGUGGACUCAAUGGUGCGCUUUACUUUGUGCAGAUGGACGCGGACGGAGGAACUGGUCGCUUCCCAGCCAACAAGGCGGGUGCCAACUACGGUACAGGUUACUGUGACGCGCAGUGCCCACAUGACAUCAAGUUCAUCAAUGGCGAGGCCAAUACGCUCGACUGGGGUGCCAAGAGCGAGAACUCAGGUGGUGGUAAGUAUGGUGCCUGCUGCGCUGAGCUUGACAUCUGGGAGGCGAAUAGAAUGAGCAGUGCUUUUACUUCGCACCCGUGUACGUCGGAGGGACAGACACGUUGUACAAGUCCAGAAGAGUGUGGCAGUGGCGACGGGAACCGCUACAAGGGCGUGUGUGACAAGGAUGGCUGUGACUUUAAUUCGUUCCGAAUGGGUAACCAGACGUUCUAUGGUCCUGGCUCGCAAUUCAUUAUUGACACCAACCGCAAAUUCACGAUUGUCACCCAAUUCUUUACCAGCGAUAACACCGCUACUGGGGAUCUUGUAGAGAUCCGACGCUUAUUCAAGCAGGACGAUCGUGUUGUCGAGACCCCGAGCAGUAUGUGGCCCGGUUUAGACAAUGUCAAUUCCAUCACUGAUUCCAUGUGUAAUACGUCCAAGAAGCUCUUUGGUGACCAAAACGAUCACGCCGCAAAGGGUGGACUUGUGCGUAUGGGAAAACAAAUGGCAAACGGUAUGACACUUGCCAUGAGUUUAUGGUCCGACCAUGCCGCUUACUGCCUCUGGCUUGACAGCAGCUAUCCCGCAGGCGCAGACUCGACUAAACCUGGCGUCAAGCGCGGCUCGUGUCCAACGUCAGGUGGUCGUCCUGUGGAGGUCGAAGCGCAGCACCCAGAUGCUACCGUAAAGUUUAUGAACAUUCGCGUGGGAGACAUUGGAUCCACAUAUUAG